CCCUACUGUAGACGGGAUGAGGUUUUAUAUUGGAAAUGAGCAGGCAGGGGGAGGAGAAGGCGCGCACACGGAGCGAUGAGUGUGCGGUGUCAAUCAGAGGGGUUUUGUGUCUCCUUGACUCCUGAUGGUCCGUGGCUGAGGUGUCCCGGGUGGCACCACAAUGAAUAUGAAUAGGGGUCCUUGCUAAAUGGGACAGUCAAAGCGCACCGCCCUGAAUAAUGGCACGUCAUCCUAACUAGACCAUUAUACAUAGGAGGGCUCCUUUUGUCUCUGCUCUCUGCUGCAGCUCUAUAAAAGCCCCUCUUUUUCAAGCUGAGGUUAGUCCAAGCAUACACUAACUAGCCAUCCUGUAAACAGGCUGAGUAACCGGGUGGAGAGAGAGAGAGAGACAGAGGGGAGAUAUUGGAGAGAGAGAGGGCUGAGGGGCUUUUUCCCUCAUCCUCCAGCAUUUCCAGCCCUUCGCUGGCAGACCCUGCCGUCCGUUUAUUUCCUUUUCGUUUUGUUUUUGUUGCUUUUUGAAGGAGAGUUGUCUUGUCCGCCACCUCCAGAGCAGGGAAGAGUUUCUUGCUCAGAAGCCUGAAUACAAUGAAUUCUGACUCCAGCUCUGUCUCCAGCAGAGCUUCCUCGCCAGACAUGGAUGAGAUGUACCUGAGAGACCAUCACCACCACCACCACCAUCACCACCACCAAGACAGCCGGCUCAACUCGGUCUCUUCCACUCAGAACGAUCUGGUGCAGAAGAUGUCUGGGGAAGGCCUCACCAGGAACGGUUCCAAGGCCGGAGGGGAAGGCAGCAAGUACAAAAUCAAGAAGCAGCUUUCGGAGCAGGACCUGCAGCAGCUGCGGCUGAAGAUCAAUGGCCGGGAGCGAAAGAGGAUGCACGACCUCAACCUGGCUAUGGACGGGUUGCGGGAGGUGAUGCCCUACGCUCACGGACCUUCUGUGAGAAAACUCUCCAAAAUCGCCACCCUCCUGCUAGCCAGAAACUAUAUCCUGAUGCUCACCAGCUCCCUGGAGGAGAUGAAGAGGCUAGUUGGGGAAAUCUACGGGGGCCACCACUCGGCCUUUCACUGCGGCACGGUGGGACACUCCGCCGGGCACCCGCCCCACGCCGCCGGCACCGUGCACCAGGUGCAUCCCAUCCUCGGCGGCGCCCUGUCCUCCGCCAACACCUCCUCCUCCCUGUCCGCCUCCCUGCCGGCCAUCGGCACCAUCCGGCCCCCGCACUCCCUGCUCAAGACGCCCUCGACACCCCCCGCCCUGCAGCUCGGCAGCGGCUUCCAGCACUGGGCGGGCUUGCCGUGCCCCUGCACCAUCUGCCAGAUGCCGCCCCCGCCCCACCUCUCGGCCCUCACCGCCUCCAACAUGGCCAGGAUCUCGGGGGACACCAAGGACCUCCUCAAGUGACUCGGCGGGGCUCCCCCGGACGGAGAGGGACUGCGGCCGGAGCUGCCCCCGCCCGCCGAGCCCCUGAAACACGGGAUUAGUGUAGUAAGGACCUUGCAAAGGUAAUGUUCCACCGGCUCCCUGGGCCAUGUUUUCUUGUUAUACUAAACUGGAAACAAAAGUCCCUGUUGUAAAAAGAAUGAUGAUGAUAAUAAUAAUAAUAAUGAUAAUGAUAAUAAUAAUAAUAAUGCCUCUGAUGGUAAUCAAAUGUAAAUGAUUCCUUAAAAUGUAUGUAAAAGGAAAAAAAAAAAAGACAUGGUUGUCAUUGUAGUGUUCGCAGCUACCAAGAGACGAUGAGAUCGGUUUGGGGCUUUUUUCCCUUUUUUUUUUUUUUUUUUUUUCCCCGGGCUUUUCCUGUCUUUCCUUUCGCACCUCCGAAAUUUCCCGUUCCAAACCUGGCUGCGGAAGGCAGAGCAGAGAGUUCGUGCAUGCUUUCCGCCCAGCCUGUCACCCGUGGGGACUGGCCACAGGCGGCUCCCCUGGCAACAAGGACUUCCGAGAGAAUUCACUGAAGUUUUCGAGUGUGGUCUAUGGGUUUUUGUGGUUUGGUGGUUUUUGUUUUGUUUUUACAGAUUUGGUUAUGAUCCGGGUUUUUGGUUUUUUUU